AUGGAAUUAUUCCAAGCGCUCAGUUUAUUCGGUAGACGAAAAUACGAAGAAUGUACGUCGAUAUGCACUGAUCUAUUAAAGAAAAAUCCAUUGGAUCAGGCUGUAUGGGUUUUAAAAAUGCGUGCACUCACAAUGCAAGUAUAUGUGGACGAUAUAGAGGGUGAGGAAGAAGGGAUUGCCGAGAGUCUGUUAGAUACUUAUACUAUAGCCUCAAUGCCCAGGCCAGGAACAUCCCUUAAAAAUCCUGGCACGUCAUUCACAGGACAAGGCUUGCGUCCGAAAACACAAUCAGGCAGACCAGUCACUGGAGUAAUUCGACCAUUGACACAGUCUGCAGUCUCUCAGACUUUUGAACAGGCUUUAAAAACCCCAAGAAGUGCUACAAGUGCAAGACCAAUCACAGCGAGUACCGGGCGAAACGUUAGAUUGGGUACAGCUUCAAUGUUGACGGAACCAGACGGUCCUUUUAUUCAACUGUCGAGACUGAACAUAACGAAAUAUGCUAGUCAACCUGGUAUAGCCAAACCGUUAUUUGAAUAUAUAUAUUAUCACGAACAAGAUGUGAGAUAUGCUUUAGAUUUGGCUGUGCAAGCGACUCAAGUUUGUCAAUUCAAAGAUUGGUGGUGGAAAGUACAGUUGGGAAAGUGUUAUUAUACUUUGGGCCUUGUCAGAGACGCUGAACAACAAUUUAAAUCAGCUUUGAAGGAAUGCAAAACAAUCGAAACGGUACUGAGACUGAUAAGAGUAUAUGUCAGACUAGAUCAGCCAUUGGCUGCACUGGAAACAUGCAAAAAGGGUCUGGAAUAUUUUUCCAAUGAUGUGACUAUACUUACAGAAAUGGCACGAGUAUUCGAAGGUCUAAAUAAUAUGCCAAUGUCGGUAAAAUAUUAUAAAAUGAUAGUUCAAGAAGAUGCGUCUCAUACAGAAGGAAUUGCCAGUAUUGGUAUGCAUCAUUUUUACAAUGACCAACCGGAAUUAGCAUUGCGUUAUUACAGGAGAAUUUUGCAAAUGGGUGUGUAUAAUGCUGAAGUUUUUAAUAAUCUCGGUCUGUGCUGCUUCUACUCUCAGCAAUAUGAUCAUACUGUUUCCUGUUUCGAGAGAGCAAUCAGUCUUGCAACAGAUGAAAAUAUUGCAGACGUGUGGUACAAUAUUUCUCACAUUGCUAUUUGCUUAGGUGACUUGGAAAUGGCAGAUCAAUGCUUGAGACUUGCUAUUGCAGCGGAUAAUAGGUAUGCGCUGGCAUAUAAUAAUCUUGGAGUAUUGGAAAUCAAAAGUAACAAUGUCACUGCAGCUCGUGCGUACUUUCAUGCAGCUGCUAGUAUCGCUGAUUAUUCAUAUGAACCUCAUUUCAAUAGCGCACAUCUAGCGUACGAGGUAGGUGAUUUGCAAACCAGUUACAUCGCUGUACAGAAAGCCUUAAGUGCCUAUCCUGAUCAUGGUGACAGUAAGGAAUUGUUAAAGAAGUUGCAAAGACACUUUUCCCAUAUAUAAAUAUCAAGAGCUAUUUACACAAUAUGUUGUAUUUUGAUUUUCUUUAAUUUCUUAUAUUAACACUAUACAUUAUUAAUAUUAUGUACUAUGUACACUAAUAUAAAAUUAUAAUAGAUUUAAGAAAUUUAAUUUCCCUUGUACUUAUAUGUUGCAAUGUGAGUUUCUUAUGGCCAGUAGAGUCACAUAAAUUGUAAUUAACAUCAUUAGCAUGGACCUUAAUAAACUACUCUUGGCGAAAGUGAGUAAAUAUCUUAUACUAGUGAAAUUUCAGAUAGUACGUAAUAUGAGUUACCUACUUUGUAUAGUUUUUAGAUUUUUCAAAAGUCAGGCAAUGUAAAGUAUUAUGUUAAUGAUAUACCGUGUAUCAAACGUAAAAUACAACAUACAACGUACUGUCUGUCAGGA